GAAAUUCCAUUGGGUUUAUGAAUAUGUUGUAAACAACUUAAUAAAAAGCAAGAAUUGAUUAAAAUUUUAAAGCACAAAUAACUUACCAAACCCGCUUCACUCAUUUUCGUUAGUUUCGUCGAGAUUGAAACACGAUAUGGAGGAUGAUGAUGUGCCAGCAUUAUCUGCAGAAACAUUUGCUGCACUUCAAGAGUUCUAUGCAGAACAGCAAAAACGGGAAGAGAUAAUUGGCAAGUUAGAUGCUAUUGGAAAAUUGAAAAAUGUUGUGUUUGAUGAAAACUGGCAACUAAGUCAAUUUUGGUACGACGAGAAGACAAUAGAGGAGAUGGUGAAAGUCGUAGAUGCCAGUGUGGCCAGUGGCGGGCGGGUGGCGCUCAUCUCCUGCCCAACACUCUUUGUGCCAGUAAAGACCAAGAUUGGGGAAAGAGCUACAGUUUCGCUCCUGGAGUUUGACACUAGGUUUGAAGUUCAUGCUCCGGAUUUCAUUUUCUAUGAUUACAAUUACCCUGAGAAGUUACCUCCGGACAUCGGGCAGUAUGACUUGGUGAUAGCUGAUCCACCAUUCUUGUCAGAAGAGUGUAUCGUUAAAACAUCACAGACUAUAAGGCGUUUAGCGAAAGAAAAGAUUGUUGUGUGCAGUGGAGCCAUAAUGAAACCACACAUAGAAAAAUUAUUAGAUCUCAAACUUUGUAACUUCCAGCCACACCAUAGAAACAAUUUAGCUAAUGAAUUCUCAUGUUAUGCCAACUUCGACCUGGAUAGUUUACUUGAAAAAGCUAAGUCUGGAAAUGAUAGUAGAUGAUAGUAAGUUAAUAUUUAUUACUUUGAAUAUAAAAUAUUCAUAACUACCAACCAAUGAAAACCUCUGUUUUCUUUAUUAUUUGAAUAAAAUUCUAUAUUUUGGGCAUUUGCCACUUAUAGUUUUUGUUUUGUAUGUAUGCACAAUAGACACAUAGCAUAAGAAUAGUGAGAUUUGUAUUGUUGGGAAAUUUAAAUAUUAAUUUUAAGUCAAUUGCACUAUAUGUAAACAUUUUAUUAGUUGAAAUUUUGGCUUAUAUCGAGUGCCGUCUCUGCGUAAAUUUACUCCAACUCUAAACCUUGUUUAUUAACAACACUAUAAGUUUAAUAUAACUAAUGUAAAAUGUGCAAUAAAACAACAUUCUAU